AUGAAGUUUACAUUUACAAUGGUGAUUUAUUAUUUGGUUAUCAGAAGGUGUCCAAGCGUCCAUGGUGUAUGGCUUCACUUGCCUGGAAGUGGUAAUUCUAUUACUUCCGUUCGACCAUCUAAUGGUAUUGUCACUUCCUGUAAUGGAACAAAUAACACAUUUAUUCUGACGCGGAAUAAAAGAGGCCAUCGAGAUAAAUUUGUAUUAACGACUUUGUUUCGUUCAACAGUUGUGGACGGCAUUGAUUUUUUAAUAUUCGCGUAUGAUUUGAAAUUACAUGGUACAACCAAUACCUUUGCAUAUAAAAUAGAUUUACCAGAGGAAACUAGCUACCAUUCCAGACGAAAGAGAGAUACAGUUUCUCUAUCAGCUGAAAUUCAAUUUCACUUGAAAGUGAAUUUUGCAUUUACGGACGAAUGUGUGAAGAGAGCAGAUGAUUUUAUUGCUCGUUGUUAUGGAACACCACUUAAACCAAGAGACUGUGGGAAAGAACUUACUUGUAUAAGGUUUGGUUCUCCAGAAUGUGCUCAUAUGGAAUGUCAGUAUUUUGUGUCGUAUAAAACUCUUGGCCCUAGUGACGUGGAGAUAGAGAUCAGUGCUGAAACUAUGGGCUGGGUGGCGAUAGGUUUCUCCUCUGACGACAGUAUGGGAGGAAAUGACGACGUGUUGGUGUGUAAGCGUAAAACAGAUUUUAACGAAGAUGUAGAAGCAGUGGCUAUGACGAAUAUCGUCCGCCAUGCUCGACCUGAACCUAAAGACAGCAACUUUAACCUGACUGCUGCCAGAUAUAGAGACGGUUUCAUUUACUGUAAAAUUACCAGACCAUUAAAGAUCAAUAAAGAUGAUCACUUGGAUCUAUUCAAUGAAUGGUAUCAACUGUAUGCACGUGGUCACAUUACGAGCACGGGAGUGAUGUUACAGCACGAUGAAAUUCCACCAACCUCUGAUAAUAAAAUAUCAGUUAUUGUACCAGUUAAUAUACAGAAUUCCAUGGCAACGUCAUUAAUAACUUCUUAUAUGGUUGUUAUUCUUCCAGUUAUUGCCACCUUCUUUGUCUCAUGA